CAAAUUUUUAUUGCGCCUAUAAAUUGUACCAAGGGCGAAUAUAUGUCCAAUUAUACUUAGUUUGAUGCAAUCGUUGCCCGUGCAGGGUGCAUUUUGCAAUUAUCAUUCAAAAUAUUGCAUACUAAUAAAUCCCAAUUUAUUUGCAAUCAAAAAACCGGUGUUAAAGACUUUUAAAUAUCUGUUGCUGUGGAGUGCUCUAAGUUUCUAAUUUUUUGAAUUGACUGUGACGAUGUCAAAGAUUAUACUUAGAGCUGUAGUUGUGGACCGGCAGGUCUAUGUACGAAACAAGCGAAAGUGUAACUAUUUCACGUUAUCUCUUUUUGCCCUUAGCUAUAUAGUAUACGUUAAGUACGCUUUGGACCCCAAUUUUUCACUCACAAAGUGGAAUUGGAAUGAUGACAUAAGCUGUUACUUGGAUACCAAUGAUAAUUUAUCAACUAUCACUGCGUUUAAUCCGACCGGUCGAUCGAUAUUCUUCAAUGAUCCCACGUGCAACGUUCGCAUUUUUAAUCCAAAGGAUGCGUGCUCAAUUGAAUCCGCUGCGAGGGCGCACUGGAAUUGGCCGGUCUAUGUACUUUUCAACAGUCCCGUUUCGAAGGAAGAACUAAAAAAGAAUGACGUAUUGAAAGUCCUCAUGAAGCUUCCAAACAUAAAAUUCGCUCGGGUAAACAUUGAGGAAUUUUCUAUGGGUACACCUGCAGAAGGAUUCGUAUCAAGUGGAGUUUUAAACGAUACCGUAUGCCCUAUAGCCCUCACGGGAGGCCUGGUUAAAUAUCUAACGCUUUACAAAUGGGGAGGGAUUUUCAUGGAUAAAGACUUUAUAGUGACGAAGUCGUUGAGCUCAUUACCUCGGAAUUGGGUUCCGAAGUCAGAUGAUCAAUCCAUAGGUUCUGGUAUACUUGCAAUCUCUAAAGAGGGGCGAUCUAUUGCUGAAGCCGCACUAAGAUUACUCAUAAAACAUCACAAAAAUUUAGACUGUGCAAAUGGAGAAAAUGUAAUGGCCAAGAUUGUAGAGCAAGAAUGUUCCACGCCUAAUCCUAUCAGUAAUGCUGCAAUCUCUUGCAAUGGAUUUGAAAUCUACGGCCCGCAGUUCUUCUAUCCAAUAGAAAGCCAACGUGUAAUGGAGUAUUCAGAGCCUGGCGAAUUGCAGGGAUACGAGACAGCUUACACAUAUUAUCUCUGGAGCAAGAUGAGAAUUGGCACAGGAAUUAAAAAACGAAUCGGAUCACGUUACAGCAAGCUUACGAGAAAACACUGUCCCGCUAUUUAUAAUGCGUUUGCUUAUAAAUUUUAAAUAUUGAAAUAAAUUUUACAGAUCUAUUGAUUGGAAAAUGUUUCAGAUAAGUUCGUGGGCUCUAACGAUGGGACUUCGUUCGGCCCAGCUUUUAUUUAAGCCUAUUAUUUUUGCUCAAUUAGAAUUCAUUGUUGCACUGUUCGUUUCUAGUAAUUUUUACUGAGUUAACAAAGAAGGGUUCUAUACUUGAUAUUUUAAUUUUAACUGCAAUAGGAUUCUUUGUCGGGUGAUAUUUGUGAAUAAACAAAAAUAUACCAAUAACCAUAACUUACACCUUGGUUGACUGGUAUGUGGUUUCACGCUAUUUUAAGAGAUAUGUAUUAUUAAAUAUUUUAGAACUAUUUUUUACAACUAUGUAUUACUAAAUAUUCAGUUUAAAACUUUGAAAAAGUUGUUUCUUACAGUCUAAUAAAAUUUGUAUGCAAUAUUUUUAAAUGUAAUCUACAGAAAAUCUAUGUACAUGUGAAUUUGAAGUUUAUGAUGA